AUGGCAUCCACCUCUGGAGCCUCGGAACCUCCAUCUCCAUCUCCAUCUCCAUCUCAAUCUCAAUCCCCAACCCCUACACUAUCUCCGUCUCCGUCUCAAUCGCCAUCGCCCUCGCCCUCUCCAUCGCCUUCACCAUCGGAAUCAAGCUCCUCUGGUUCGCCAUCUGAUUCAGCAUCAGAAUCAAAUGUUGCAGUUGUACGUCCCAGCAAUCGCUACGUACCAUGGCACCAUGGACGAAUCUUUGACGAAGACCGCGAACUCUUACCUACACGUCGGAUUCCUAUUGAGCUUCCAAGCCUGAAAAGUCGAGGUGGGAUUGAAGACCUUGCAGAAGAACUUGUACACGAGCAGCCCAAAGUAUGUUUUUAAAACACAUUUUCACCCCCAAUGAGACAAAACUAAAAAGAAAAAUAGCCAGGAUUUCACAACAAAGCCAUUAAAAAUAAGCGAUCGUUCUUUGACGAAUGGAUUAGUCCCGAAGAAACUGAUUCUAACAACUGGAACCUGUCAGUUUCGCUGAAGGGAACCACAUGGGGAAAUCUGAAUCCUGGUGAGGGAGACAUUGGAGAGGAUGCUUUUGAGCAAUGGCAAUCGCUGGAUGUUGUUCGUGCUGGAAUUGAACGAUACAGUCGCGCCAGACAAAGGGAGAGAACUGAGCCUGAGCCUGAACAUGAGUUUAUUGGUAUUCCUUUGGUGUUCAACACCACAGAGGUUUACAUCAAGCAAUGCAAGACUCAGAUUAAUCAGCAGACAAGAGACCCCUAUUACGAGAAUACUACUCUUCCACAUCGCCAUGACUACCAACCUCGAGUACCAAGAAGCAAUCGCCAGCGCAUCCCUCAACUCGUUUUCCAAAAGGAACCCGAAAUAGCCAUACCUGACGACGAACCUCAUCAUAUCUCCACAAUCGAUGUACCGACCGGCCCAAGACUUUCCAAGCACAUCCACCAAGCUGAAUUGAAUCGAAUGAAUGAAGAAGCCUAUCGAGAUCACUCUGAAGCUGCAGCACCCUCUACACCCGCCGGAGAGGCUGAAUCUGACCCUUUCGCGACGUACAGCGAUGACGAUAUGUACAACUUUGAUUAUCGCCCUGUUCGCCCUUACUCAAUUCUGGAUCUGGCAACUGGAAGCCCUCGAUUUUUCCCACAAUCUCGCGAGACAAAAAACCCCCAACAUGGAGCUCCCACUACCUUUACGCCUGCUAAUAGAGGUCGGAAGCGAAAGUCUACUUGUGCUCCUCGCGAGGUUGUCAAGAGACGUGCCUAUAAAUGGAAGGGUAAGUCAAGUUCUGAUAAAGUAUAUCUCUUAUAUACAAGCACCGCAUUGUCUGAAAAGUUAUACUUGGGUGCCCAAGUAUGGAAAAUGCCUUCAUUGUCCCAGAAUCUUGAAACAAUUCUCUUAUUUGUUCCACUUUAUCUAGAGCAACCAUCUGUAUUGUUCCAGAUGAGUCCGAUGAUUUGCUUCGUUGUCCUAGUCUUUAGGAACAAACAGUCAAUUUAUCUAACUAUACGGAACUGUUGCGGUCGUUUUCUCAGGAGUUUCCAGACAAAGGAAUCUAUCGGUUCAACUUAUGCCAAACCAUGCCAUUUAUUAUUUUAUCUCUGCUUCUAACACAAUACCAACAUUGUACAAGUAGCUAACCAAUUUACAGAUGGUGUUGCUCCCCAACGAAGACUCGGUCACGUCAAGUACCCCAAGGGCCACAUCUAUCACAACCUACCCAAGCGUGGAGAAUUCGUUAUCCCUGAGGCGGUGCCACAAGGAAUAGCGGCGGCCAAUGUCGAAGAAGAACAAGAAGUUCCGGAAAGCAGUCAUGGUAACAAUCGGGAUGAUGAUUUUGACUUUGACUAUGAUGAGGACGAAGAUGACGAUGUUUCAGUCAACUACUCCGAACUGGAUGGUGACGAUGGUGACGACGAUUACUAA